AUGGAGUCAAAGAUGGAUCAGUAUGAGAUCAUGGAGCAGAUUGGAAGAGGGGCGUUUGGAGCAGCCAUUUUGGUCAAUCACAAGCUUGAAAAACAGAAGUAUGUAUUGAAGAAGAUUCGUUUAGCUCGACAAACAGAGCGCUGCAGAAGAUCUGCUCAUCAAGAGAUGGCUUUAAUAGCGAGGAUUCGGCAUCCAUAUAUUGUCGAAUUUAAAGAAGCCUGGGUGGAGAAGGGUUGUUAUGUUUGCAUAGUUACUGGCUACUGUGAGGGUGGUGACAUGGCUGAACUGAUGAAAAAAGCUAAUGGACAACACUUUCCAGAAGAGAAACUGUUGAAGUGGUUCACACAACUACUGCUGGCAGUUGAAUAUCUGCAUUCCAAUUUUGUCCUACACCGGGACCUUAAAUGCUCUAACAUCUUUCUUACAAAAGAUCAAGAUGUUCGUCUUGGGGAUUUUGGACUGGCUAAAACUUUAAAGGCAGAUGACUUGGCUUCUUCAGUAGUCGGGACUCCAAACUACAUGUGUCCUGAACUUCUCGCUGAUAUUCCAUAUGGUUUUAAAUCUGACAUUUGGUCUCUUGGCUGCUGCAUGUAUGAAAUGGCUGCUCAUCGUCCUGCAUUUAAAGCUUUUGAUAUGGCAGGACUGAUUAGUAAGAUAAAUAGAUCAUCAAUUGGUCCUUUGCCUUCAUGUUACUCUCCAUCCUUGAAAACGCUCAUCAAGGGAAUGUUAAGAAAGAAUCCUGAGCAUCGGCCAAAUGCAUCUGAAAUAUUAAAGCAUCCGUAUCUGCAGUCUUAUGUUGAUCAAUAUCGUCCAUCCUUUAGUCGUCAUCCAGAGAAACCUCCUAGUAGUAGGGAUUCCCGCAAGAAUAUGGCCGAGAGCCAAAGCAGUAACAGUUCAUGCAGUGAUAGAGACAGUUUAAAGUCAAGUGAAAGAAACAAUCACCCCAUGGUAUAUAAUUUUGAAAAAGUAUCCAGGGAAGCAGACUUGACUUCUCUCGAUGAUGAUUCUUCUUGUGGGCUGCUUCAACCAGGUGAUGAACCACAUGUACCUGACUUCUGUGUGCCAGACGAAGCUGAGGUGAUUAAACCCCAUGCUGAUGAGCACAGAUGUCAAAAUGCUGAAGUCAAGCAUCCUAAAACAAUAAAAAGUAUCAUGAUGGCACUUAAAGAAGGAAAAGCUAGAGAACAGAGUUCACCCAUGAGAAGCAACCGGACAAAGGGUGUCGGCAUUUGUACACAAAGAGCUAAUGCCGAAGCAUCUUCCAAAAUACCUAGAAUUAGUCCAAUUGCAGCUGGUUUGAAGGCAAACGGCGAUAUGCCUUCUCCUGUGGAGGCCAAGACUAGUCCUGAAUCUCUAAAGCGGCCUGCAAUGCAUUCUUUGAAGCAUCAGUUGCCUGUUGCUGACUCAACACCAAAGACUAGGCCAAGACACGAGGUUCCCCCUGUUCCUGUAAAGAGUUCAGGUGAGGAUGGAACGCCUUUGAGAUCAAGACAAAGAACUCCUCCAACCCUAACCAGACGAUCGUCAUUUGCUGGACGGAUAAAACAAGUUGGGAUUGAUGAACAUUUUCCUGGAAAUGAUAAAAUUGUUCCUAAUGACAAUGUUGAAGCAGCAGAAAAGAAUCCCACUUCAGUGUCUAAAAGCUUCCAUAUACGUGCAACCAAGGGUAAUGCUGACUAUUCCCAAAAGUCUAAAGCAGUAACUGCUAAAGGAGCCCCAACAGAGAGCAGCAAUUCUGCUUCCUCUUCUGUGUCAAUGCAAGCAUUUGAGCUCUGUGACGACGCGACCACCCCAUUCAUUGACUUAGGAGCACAGAUACUUCGCUGUCAGGAGCAAGCCAUAGAGACUGAAAGUCUACCAUCCCGACCAAGCUGUUCUGCUAGUUCAUCACAUUCUGACAUGCCUGAAAAUUGCUCUAGAGAGGAUCAUGGACGUGAAAAAAGUUCUAAGGUGUCCUUAGCAGAGAGACUUAAGGAGCAUAUGGGGAGUAAAACCUCCACCAUUGAUAUUAGUAAUGACAAUGUCAAUGCAACCAUUGAUAUGGAGAUUCCCUGCCGAUCUUCAUGUGAGCUACUUCCUUCAAGAGAUGAAGCUUCAGUAAUGACGUCAAUUGAUAGGCCUGAGAAUUCAACUCCGUCUACUCUCACUUCAACAUCCAGUGGUGAUGAUAAGUUCAUGAUCAAAGAGCUACUCUCUUCCGUGGUGGAGAGCCCUUCUCCAAGUAUCCAUCCUAUUCCUUCGAGCCAAAAGACUAUGCUGUCAGAUAGAGGUAGUCUUCAAACAAAUGUGCUUGUUGAAAAAGCUUCUGCUAAUCAUCUUUCACCAGCGUUUGAUGAUGUCAUACACGUCAUUCGGCAUAGCAGCUUCCGUGUUGGGAGUGAUUCACCAGUGAUUGAAACGGUGGAUGGAAAUGUUGAUCUUGGAAAGCUGAUAAAUGUUGUCACAGAUGAACUAGAGAUUAAAAACUUAGCUUCUCCAGCUCCAACGCCACCUAGUAACCCAGAGACACCGAUUUCAAAGCUGGACCUCUGUAACAACAUAAACACUGAAGAAGUGGAUGUAAAAACCCCAUCAAUUUCGUCAUCUCCUGUCACAAAAUUAGAAUCCUCAGAACCAACAGUACUGAAUCCUCCUGCAGCUGUGGAUGAAGUGCCAACAACACCAGUAGCAGCGCCAAAGGAAGGUCUGGAUGUCAAGUCAUUCCGACAGAGGGCAGAGGCACUUGAAGGGCUGCUAGAAUUAUCUGCCGAUUUGCUUCAACAUAACAGACUGGAAGAGCUUGCUGUUGUUCUGAAACCUUUUGGAAAAGAUAAGGUUUCUCCGAGGGAAACAGCGAUCUGGUUGGCGAAGAGUCUUAAAGGAAUGAUGCUUGAAGACUCUGGACGGAGUUCAUAA